UUCGUUUCAGUCUUCAGGAAAUCGUUCCCUUAAAUGCUGGAAACAUUUUUGGUAUGGAGAAUGAUCAGCCUGCUUAUGAAUGGGAGAACUUGAUACGGGAUGCCUUAAACCGAAUUCGACCUAGAAAGUUGAAGAUUGUAAGUCACAGUGAUCCCCCUUCUCCAUCGAAGUUUAAGCAAUCUGAAGAGGUCUCUUACAGCGUACAAGAUAUGUUUGUUGAAACCAGUCAUGAUGCUUGCGAUGCGAUUCAUUUAAUGGAUAAGAAACCCAGUUCUAGUGAAAACACGGACAAACCAAUCGUAGGUGAAGAUCAACUUACUAAUGUAGACGUUUUGGGUUCUACCACUGACAACCCAUCUUGCUUGCCCAUACAAGAAUAUCUACCAAGGAAAUAUUCAUCUUCAAGUACGCCGGACCGCUCUCUCUCAGUGCAGAUUAAUAGUGAUUCCCAAAGGGAGGAAAGAUUUAGUUACACUGAAAGAGUUGGUUUGAGGUGGCCAGAGCCUCCAUUGAAACUGCUAAACCAAUAUGCGUCGGAAAGACGUGGUUCCUUGAAGUCAGUAAAUCUAACUAUCAAGAAUCUGAGAAAACCUUCAUAUGUACGGAUUGUGAGCAAACAGAUGGUUGGAGUGUUUCUCACCAUUUGGGUUCGGAGGAAGUUGCGCAAGCACAUAAGCAACCUUUGUGUAUCUACUGUUGGUGUUGGUAUUAUGGGCUACAUUGGUAACAAGGGAUCCGUAUCGGUAAGCUUGUCAAUCUAUCAGACACCGUUUUGUUUCUUGUGCUCGCAUCUGUCAUCUGGGGAAAAGGAUACAGAUGAAGAGAAAAGAAACGAAGAUGUACGUGAAAUUCAUAGAAGAACACAGUUUCUUCCGCAUUCUUUAAAUGAGAAUGAGCUUCCAAGAAGCAUCCAUGAUCAUGAAAGAAUAAUCUGGCUGGGAGAUCUGAAUUAUCGGAUUAACUUGUCGUAUGAGGAGAUACAUGAACUUAUUGCAAGAAAGGAAUGGCAGAGGUUGGUAGAGUAUGACCAGCUUUCAAGAGAGAUGACAAAAGGGAACGUAUUCGAGGGAUGGUCAGAGGGAACUUUAGAUUUUGCACCAACAUAUAAAUACGAAAUCGAUUCAGAAAACUACAUCGGAGAUGACCCGGAAUCCGGGAAACGCAGACCAGCCUGGUGUGACCGCAUCAUUUGGAAUGGGAAGGGAAUGAAGCUCUUUAAUUACAGAAGAAACGAGAUUAAACUAUCGGAUCACCGGCCUGUCACAGCAACGUUCUUGGCCGAGGUUGAGGUUUUGUCUCCACGGAAACUUCAUCGUGCGCUUGCACUCACGUACUCCGAGAUCGAAGGCCAUGCAGACUUCUAAAUGCAUACCCUCACCGGUCAGAUUCUGUUCUGUGUAGAGUAAUUUUACGACUUAUAUUCAUUUCGUACAUUCAAUAAUUCCCAUUGAAGGAA